AAUUUAUCAUAAAGGAUUUUAUCACAUGUUUUAGUAAGAAUGUAAUUUAUUUUUUAAGAUGUCCGUGUGGACUUCAAUAUGUAGGGCGAACAAUUCGCCCUCUGCACAAACGGAUAUAUGAACAUGUGAAUAAUAUUACUAGAGGUUAUGAACAACACAGCGUCUCUGCACAUUUUAAAAAGUACCAUAAUAAAGAUCCUAGCGGCCUUACAUCUUUAGGAAUAGAGAUAGUGAAAAAAUCAUGGUGGGGAGGAAGCCAUAUUGUAGAUAUUGGUAAAAAAAGAGAUUCAAUGGGUACAUAAAUUAAAGACUUUGGAACCCAGGGGGUUUAAUAUAGAAUUUGAUUUAUUGACUUUUUUAUAAAUAAAAAAGUUUUAAAUAUUUUUAUAUAUACUUGUAUAUUUAUUUUUAUAUGUAAUUUUUUAAUUGUAUUCUUUGGAUAAAUUGUAGACACUGAACAGUUUUUGAAAAGAGAGAUAUCCAUAUGUAUAUGUAAAAUUUUUCCACUUUCCGUCUUGAGCAGGAUUUCCACAAUUUGUAUAUAUACAGAAAUAUAGGUAUAUAUACAUAUUUAAUUCUAAUAAUACGUUAUUUUUAUGUAGAUUGUAUAUUGUUGAUUUCAUAUUACUGUUUCUUUAAGAUAUAAUUAUAAUAAGAAAGUAUAUCUAUAAAUAUAAAUGUGCUAUUAGGAAACAACACAAAGAAAAGUGUGGGAAUAACUGGCGCUUAUAAAUAUAGUAUAGAACAAAUUUCAAAAAGCUGCUAUAAAACACUCAUGAGGGUACUCCAAAACCACUCUCCACAUGCAAAAAACAACCAGUAAACCUCAAAUGGGUCAGUGUGACCACCUUCCCACUAUUGGUAAGAGUGUAGCGCUAAUAGGUGUAUAUUAACAGUGCUCAAAAAUACAAAUAUACACUUACCACUCAAGGUAAUAUCAGAGAGGUAGAUAUAUAAAAGGAGAAAAACAGAAAACAUACAUAGGGUAAUAAAGUAGAACCAGUGUUAAAGUGAAUUUAAGUAUAUACAGAUACACUCACAUUUAUUAGAGCCUUUUAUAUGGAUAUAGGCUCUAAACACUCAAGUAUCCGUGCCUUUAAGGUAGGCAGCGAGACCGUAUUGAUACUGCUUGCUUUUAUUUCCUCUUUUUCCUUCCCUCCUUUCAAUCAGGAUGAAGACUCCAAGAGAAAAGAGAGACAAACUUCUGGGUGCAGAUUGUUUAACUUUAACAUAUAAAGCAAUAUCUUUUUGUGAUGAAAAAAAAUGGGAACUGCUCACCUAUUUAUGAGCCUUUUAAACUGGCUCUAAGUUUAAUUGGCAUAUGUGUCUCAUAUGUAGGGUGACACUACCCUUAACCGGAUCCAGAAAAUCAAGGUGGAG